AGGGCCAUGCAUGCAACGUUGGCUCAGCUUGAGCAGUGAAACAGUGGUAGGACUCUGCUACCAUGGCUGUCGAGGAUGCAGCAGAAUGUAGGAAAAAGCACUUGCUGAACUUGAUCUGCGAAGUCAAAGCAAGACUGGAUGGAAAGGUUGAUAGCCUUAGCUUCCCCAUCCCGCAAUUCAUCGUGAUUGGGAAGCAGAGUGUUGGAAAGUCACGGCUUAUUGAGGCGUUGGCUGGUGAGACCUUCAACUUUGUCUCUGGCACUCUGGGAUCGAGGCGGCCAACAGUGCUGGAGUUCCGCAAUGUCCCCGGACUGAGCCCAUCGAGGUGGUCUGUUUUUGACGAGAGCCUGAAGAGAUGGGAUUCCUACCCAGUGCAAGAGGUUAUGCACAUCGUCGGCAGUGCCCACGAGGCUUGUGGGCAAAAUGUGAGCGAGAUGCCCAUCAGAGUGAAAGUGGAAGGUGAAGACUGCACUGACUUGGGCUUGGUAGACCUUCCAGGUUUCAGGUCAUAUGCUAAGGAUGAUGCGAUGCAGCAGCUCGCGAAAAAGAUAGACAGCUUAGUCUUCAAAUUCAUGAAUGAUGAAAACAACAUCAUGCUUUGUGUAGAAGAAGCUGGAGACGCCGCAGGUUUUGCCACUUUGGGCAAAGCAAAGCAGGUGGAUCCAACAUAUAAGCGCACGAUUCUCAUCAGGAACAAGCUGGACAAGUACUACGGGGAUUUGACCACAGAGAACGUGAACAAAUGGCUUGAAGGCUAUGGUGACCUGCCGCAGCACUUGGCGCGCUUCGCAGUUUCCCUGCCGCAUUGGACUGGCGAAGCUAUGCCCAAGCCAUUUGGAGAGAUGCGGAAGGAGUGCUCGGACAUCGACAUGGAAACCUUAACAAGCAAAGGAGCCUCAUCCAGGUACAAAAUGACAAUUGGAUUUCAGAAUUUUCGGAAUUUCAUGGAGAUCAAAAUCCAGCAGCUUUUUGCGGAUGCCUUGGCUCCAAUGCUGACCCGUCUCAAGAACAUGCAGGAGGAGCAUGAGAAGAAGCUUGAGGUGAUUAGACAAGAGACCGAGACCAUCAACGAGGACAACAUUUUGCACGCCACUCGCUCAGCCGGAAUCACUUUCGCGCAGAGCUUCAUUUUCCUUAUGGAGGGCGCUCUCUCGUCCGAGCACAAUAGAUGUACUCUUGAGGAGGAGCUGAAGGCCUUCCAUGCGUACUGUGCUCGGACUGACUGCUUGAAGGAUGAAGAGCUCAUGCCAAUAUCCUUCGAGGAUCUUGACUCCUACGUAGCUUACCUCCGCGACACGGUGAAGCUACCUGCCAUGGACGUCUCAUUGAACGGCGGUGCGCAGUUCAGGAGGCUGAUGUACGAAGUGGAGGUCUUCACCCGCUUUGCUGGCCUCGGAAAAAAGCUGGAGCCAGUCGACGUCAUCCAAGCAAGAGGAUCCGGGCUGCGGGACAUCACAUGGCAGGACACUAUCACCCAACUGAUGAUGCAGAAUGCUCCUACAAGAAUGCGAACAAAGACCAAAUAUGUUGGAGAACGCUUGAAGUUCUUCUUUGGAGAGCAAAAGGAGGCGACCGUGCAGUUUAUGCUUGGCCUCCAGGGCUCGCCGGAAGAACACAUGUUCUCCCGGCUUAUCCCAAAGCAGGCCCAAGUCAUUGAGCGAAAUGACACAAUGAAGAGAUGUAUUUUUGAAGCCUUCGACACGGCCUGUGACCAUCAUCGGGUCCGCUUCAUGCAGAUGUGGUGUGAUUUUAUGGAUAGUAUGUUCCAAUCGCCUUUGAUGCUCUUGAAGUCCGGCUCCAUGCCCUCGAUUGGCGAUGGAUUCUCUGAAGAAAUUGCGCCCACCUUCGAGUCCACCAAGGCGCGCAUAGUUCAAGAGCGAAAUGGCAGAGGGACUUUGCAAACGGCGCUGAGGGAAAAAGUGAAGCAGAUCCCUGACGACGACGUCAUGGCCAAUGAAUCAGUCAAGAUGGUCCAAAGGAUCAUUGAGCAGACCUUUGCUGUAAUUCGCAGCGUGGUGGCUGAUCACAUGCAGCUUUAUUCGGAAUCCUUCUUCCUCCUUCCAAUGCUCCGGCGGCUGGAAGGUGUCAUGGCUCAGAUGGAGCUGCAGGAAGAGGACAAGAACAGCUACAGGGCACGAAAAUCUGUGCUGGACAAGGAGAAGGCCGUGUCGCAAGGCAUGCUGGCAGACCUGACCUACUGCGUGGAGGCAGUGCAGAGAUUUAAGGUCACCUACGGUGGGGGUCAAUAGCUUCAACAUAGCUGGCGUGUCACCUUCAUUUUCCAGCUUGAGCCAGUCUCUGCUGAAUGUGAGCUUCGAAGUGCAGCUGGGCUCCUUUCUGCAUGUGCCAGAUUGGGUGCAUUUGAGAUCAGCAAUCAAACACUACAGUGAACCCAACCAACCCUUUAGCUUGAAAGAACCUGCUCCUGCCCUGCGUUUGGACAAGCUUUGCGCCUUGCCAGUUUUAGAAGCAGGGCGGGCAUGUCCUGGAGCUGCUCUCGCAGUACUCAAAAACUUGGGUUGAGGCAAAU